AUGGUUGCUCCAAAGAUUCAGAUCCUUAUGGCGAUUGGUGUCGCUCUGGGUGUUGUUCAGGCUGGUCCUAUCAGCAUCCGUGCGGACAAGCCAUCCUUCGACAACAAGGCCACAUGCAAGAGUGCACAAUGUAAACUCACAGCAAACGGGAUCAUUAGCGACAUGGAUCCAUCUGUCGAUCCCUGCCAGGACUUUGCCAAGUUUACUUGCGGUGGAUUCUACAAGAAGAACGACAUCCCUGCUGGCAGGGGUCAGAUCGGACCAUUCGAUUUCCUGAACGAAAACAACGAUCGCAUUCUCCGUACGAUCGUCGACCCCUCACAGGGCAAGACCCCCAAGGCACCCGCCGGAGACGUCGCCGCCCAGAACAAUAUCAAGAAGAUCCAAGACCUCUUUGGCAGCUGCAUGGACGAGAAGGCGAUUUCCAAGGUCGGUCGCAAACCCCUCUACGACGAAAUCCAAAAGUUCAUCAAGUCCUUCCCGGUCUCGGAUUCCCCCGUCGACAAAAAGACCCUCAGCAGGACUUUGGGCCAGAUUGCUCAGUAUGGGUUCUUGAACCCGGGAUUUCUCAGCCUCAAGGUCUCCGUAGAUUUCAACAACCCGGAGGCCAACAUGUUGACGAUCUCUGAGAGUGGGUUGGGUCUGGCAUCCCCGAACCUCUACAGGGAUGAGAAAACGGUCGAGGAGUACAGGGUGACUGUUGCAACCAUGUUUCAGACCGUUUUGGGUGACGAGGAUGUUGCCAAACGGGGAAAGCCACUAACUCCCAAGGACAUCAAAAAGGAGUGGGCCGAUGCUGCCAAGGAUGCUGUCGACUUUGAGAUCCAGCUCGCGGCCAUCAGGACUACGUUUAGCGAUAUGUUGGACCCAAAGAACAAUAGGCGUCUGGUCACUAUGGAGCAGCUGAAUGCUAUGACCCCCUCGAUCGAUUGGUCCAUCUUUCUUCAAGAGUCCUUCCCUUCUGGCCUCAAAUACAAUGGCCCCAUCAUAGCCUCCUCCAUGAUCUUCCACAACAAGCUCGAAGGACUCCUCAAGAAGACCGCGUCCAAGAAUUUCCAGCGCUACUUUACCUGGGUCCUCAUCCGCAGUCUCUCCGAAAACUUGGCCCAGCCCUACAAGCAGCCCAAGGUCAACUUUGACAGAUUUACGAAUGGUAUCUCUGCGGCCGCCCCGAACGACCGCUGGGCCACCUGUAUGACUGUCACCAACACAAACCUAGUCCAUAUUACCGGACAUUACUUUGUGAAAGCCGUGUUCAAGGACAACAGUCGCCAAGAAGCCCUGGCCAUCGUCGACAACAUCAUUUCCAGCUACGAGAAGAACUUCCCUACCCUCGGUUGGCUUGACAAGACCACCCGCGACGGCGCCGUCAAGAAGCUGAAGGCGAUUGUCAAAGCUAUAGGAUACUCAACCGAGAACCCCGACGAAGUCUCUGCAAAGUCGCUGGACGACUUUUACAGGGGCUAUGAUGUCGCCGGCAAGGACUAUUUCGGAAACCAGGUCAGGUUUAUGCGCUGGACGACUGCCAAGGCCUUUGCGGCGCUUCCUUUGCCUGUGGACCGGGAUGCGUUCGGCAUGUCGCUCACGACGGUCAAUGGGUUCUAUAGCGCAUCAUCCAACUCGAUAUAUAUCCCCGCUGGUAUCUUGCAGACCCCCGUCUUUCACUUUGAGAACCCAGAAUAUGUUAACUAUGGAGGCAUGGGCACCAUUGGUGGCCACGAGAUCGGGGUAAGCCCCCCCUCCCCCCCUCCCCCCCCUUUUUUUUCCAUUUCUCAGUUCCGCUGA